AUGGAGUUCCUGCGGAUGAAUAAAAAGGUUACGGUUGGUGCAUUUAAGGACAAGGUGCAUGAAGAACUGAAUGUGAACAUCACAAAAGAUCAGGCUUAUAAGACCUGUGGGAAAGCCAAAAUUCUGAUCCAAGGAAAAUAUAAGCAGCAAUGCACAAGAAUUUGGGACUAUUGUCAGGAAUUGUUGAGCUCAAAUCCUGGUUCCACAGUGCAUGUAGAGACGGAGGCUAAUGAAUUUAGUGGAAAAGAGACAUUCAGAAGACUAUACAUUUGUUUUGCAGCCUUGAAGAAAGGUUUUAAAGAAGGUUGUCGGCCUGUACUUGGUAUGGAUGGGUGCCAUCUAAGAGGACCACAUCCGGGAGUACUUUUGACAGCAGUAGGGAUAGAUGCUAAUGAUUGCAUCUAUCCUGUUGCAUAUGCAGUGGUUGAGACCAAAAACAAGAGUUCUUGGACAUGGUUCUUUGAAUUCUUAAAGUUUGAUCUCACAAUCCAGGACCAAAGACAAUGGACAUUUAUCAGUGAUAGGCAAAAGGGUUUGGGUUCCGCCAUCCAAGAUAUUCUUCCUAGAGUGGAGCAUAGGCACUGUGUUGGGCAUUUACACAAUAAUUUCAAAAAGGUCCAUCCCGGAGAAACACUCAAAGGUUGCAUUGCUUUGACCGGAGCCGAGCCUGAAAGUCUAGUGCAUCCAUAUUACUCAAGAGAUGCAUAUCUAAAGGCUUACGAGCCAGCUAUUGGUCCAAUUAAUGGACCUAAUAACUGGAAAAGGUGUAAGAGGGCCCCUAUGUAUGCACCUAAGAAACUAAAACUUUCCGGUAGGCCUAAGAAGGCAAGGAGGAGAGAGCCGGGAUGA